AUCUGUUUUUGUUCUUUAACUGAAGCGCGGCGACUUAGCACGCAACGGACAAAGUGCCGCGACUCGGAGAAAUAAAACCAAACAAUACGGAAUUCUAGUCACGCGUGUGUUUUCGAGGGCUAACACUAACAAUAUCCCCCCCCUGAAAGUACCCGUCCCAAUCAUCACCACCACCACACCGUCAACAACUUAUGUUUCCACCCCCCUCACUAAUAAAGGCCAGAUCCCCAGUCACAACAAUGGACGAACUGAAUAGCAUAUUGCAGAAAACCAAAGAUAAAUCCACGCAAAAGGAGCAGGAUGAGAUACUUUUGCAGCCCUUUUCGUAUAUCCAAGAAAUUCCUGGCAAACAAUUUCGUUCGGAAUUGGCCUUGGCCUUCAAUCACUGGUUGCUUAUACCGGCCGAAAUGUUGACGCAAAUUGGCGACAUUGUCCAAAUGCUGCAUAAUUCCAGUUUGCUCAUUGAUGAUAUUGAAGACAAUUCAAUACUUCGCAGAGGUGUACCUGUGGCCCAUUCAAUUUACGGUGUGGCCAGUACGAUAAAUGCAGCUAACUAUGCCUUGUUCUUGGCCCUCGAGAAAGUGCAACAAUUGGGACAUCCCGAGGCAACUCGUGUGUAUACGGAACAAUUAUUGGAACUACAUCGUGGACAAGGCAUGGAGAUAUAUUGGCGUGAUAGCUUCACAUGUCCCUCCGAAUCGGAUUAUAAAUUGAUGACUGUUCGUAAAACUGGCGGUUUAUUUAUGCUGGCUAUACGUCUGAUGCAACUAUUUAGCAGUAAUAAAGAAGAUUAUUCCAAGUUAACUGCCAUAUUGGGUUUAUAUUUUCAAAUUCGUGAUGAUUAUUGUAAUUUGAGUUUAAAAGAGUACACGGAAAAUAAAAGUUUUGCCGAAGAUUUGACAGAGGGAAAAUUUGGUUUUCCAGUCAUACAUGCAGUGCGUUCACAGAAACAGGACAAACAGGUUUUACAUAUAUUGAGGCAACGCACGCACGACAUUGAGGUCAAGAAGUACUGUAUUAGUUUGCUGGAAAAACUAGGCAGUUUUCAGUAUACACGCAAGGUGCUUGAGUCCCUAGAUGCCGAGGCCAGGGCGGAGGUUACACGUUUAGGGGGCAAUCCCUAUAUGGAUCGGCUUUUGAAUAAGCUAUUGUCAUGGAAAACUAGCGAUACAGUCAGCAUCAAUCAAUCGAAUCAAAUCAAUCAUAAUAAUAUGCAGGCAACAAGUCCAUCAUCACCAUCACCACUAACAACGACAACAGGAUCAACAACAACAGCAACAAAUCGUAUCGUUAGCCCCAAUCAGAAUACAUUAAAUUGCAAUUAACAGCCAAAGAGGCAAAAGAGGGAGGAAUUGUGAAUUGCCGCCGCUGCUGCUGUUGCCACCUCUUUUGCUGUAAAUUCUCGACCUCAGGCUUCCGCAGCACCAAAACUAACAACAACAACAACAACAAGAAAAUCGCGAACAACUAAUGCCGCCUGCCUGAGUGCCCCAUUGUGGCAUUUUUUGCAAAAAUUGAAAAUCUUUUAAGAUUUAUGUUUAUGUUCCAAUUUACCACUUAUCUUAACUAACUAACUAACUACAACAACAACAACAACUCGAAGAAGCAAAUAUCCUUCUUUGACUCAUAUAGAAACCUAACCAACAGCAGCCUUACAACCAGAAAAAAAAAAAAAAACAAACAAAAACAAAAACCAAAACCGCGCAUUGUUAAGCAAAAAGUUAAGCGAUAUAAGCCAAGCUUAUACACACAUACAUAAUAUAGAGUAAUGGUUAAAUAAGGCCACAAAUUGGUUUAAAAAACUUUUUUAAAAUUAUUUUUGGUGUACAAAUCUCAAAACAUUAAGUAGUUCAUAUUAUUUUUUUAAAAAAAAGGUGUAUUUUCAUAUAAUUUAAGUAAACAGUGGUGGAAUAUUUUAAGCAGGUUUUGGUUACCCUUCUCUUUUUUCCCUUUUGGCUUGAGCCGUGCCACAGUCACAACAAUAAGUUUGUUUUAGUUUUACUUUUCUCGAAAACUUUGCUAAAAAUUAAUGAAAAUAAUUAUAUAAAUAUUGGUUGAAAUACCUUCAGGCCCUCAGAUCAAUAACCAAGUCGGCAAAUAAUUACUUAGAAAUGGAUUAUAUAUAAAGUAUAGGUAUAUAGUAAGCCUAUAUAUUAGAAUGAACAUAAAUUUACUUAACUGAUUAGAAAACAUAAUGGAAAAUCUAAUUUAGAAUUAAUGAUUACUGAUUAAUAGUAUUUCUCGUUUUUAUUUUGAAUAAGUAUUUAGAGGUUCAAUUCGUUGUAUUUAUCUGUCGACUAUAUGUAAAUACUUUUGAUCUUUAUAACUAAUUUAUCUGUACUUUUAUCUAUUUAAUUGAAAAAUGAAAAGAAAAAGAAAUUGUGUAAAAUUUGUUGAUUGUGAAUCGGACUCAAGCCAUCAAAAACAAAACACAUUAAAUACAUAUAAUUGUAAACGAAGUGG